AUGGAGGCUUGUAAGAUCUUGAACUUGACACUUUUUGUUGGGUUUGGUAACUCGGCAGGUGUACGCACAGAUGUGGAGUUGAACCUUGAGACUGGAGAAAAGCAAAGCAGCCCAAGGAAAAGUAGAGAUAACCAUAUCUUGACUACCGAUGUAUGGAUUAUACAUCUUAUACCCCUCGGCAUUCGCAAUUCUCCAGCUCUCACGUUCUUUUGA